CCCAAACCAUUAUUUUCACUCUGUUUUUUUUUUUUCUUUCUUUGGUCUUGCUAUCUCGGCGUCGUCUUCUCCAAAACAAACCAAGCUUCUUCGAUCUUCUUCCUCGUGUGGUUUCCAUUUCGAUUCUUCAUUCCCAAAAGAUCUGUGGAGGAUGGCCACAGCUACGUACCCGCCUCCUCCUCCAUAUUACAGACUCUACAAGGAGUACUCAGAGAACCCUAACUCCGCUCCUGAACCUCCGCCUCCCAUUGAAGGCACCUACGUUUCUUUCGGAGGCAACUAUACAACUGAAGAUGUUCUUCCGAGCUUAGAGGAACAAGGAGUGCCUCAGCUUUAUCCCAAAGAUUCAAAUGUUGAUUAUAAGAAGGAACUCAGGUCGCUGAAUAGAGAGCUACAGUUACAUAUAUUGGAGCUUGCUGAUGUUCUUGUUGACAGACCUUCUCAGUAUGCAAAGAGGAUUGGUGAGAUAUCUUCAAUCUUCAAGAAUUUGCAUCACCUUCUCAAUUCCUUGAGGCCUCACCAAGCGAGAGCUACGCUUAUUCACAUAAUGGAGAUUCAAAUUCAACAGCGAAAACAAGCUGUGGAGGACAUUAAGAGGAGGAGAGAAGAAGCACAACGACUUCUAAAGGAUGCUUUCGUCACUUUAGAUGGACAAUAGAGUAAUGUUUGUUCUUACCCAUUUUGUGUAAAUUAGCUCUGAUAACCUGUGCCUGUUCUGUUAUCGACCCUCGGAACUUAUUUUGAUUGUUAACAUUUGGCAAUCAAACCAAUACAUUGUACCAGGAUUAUAAUAGACAACAAUGUACUGGUUUAUCUAUAGGAGGAAUGAACCGGUGAUACUAGUACUCCAGGAUGAACCGGAGCUAUAUAAUAUAAUACACAUAAAGAGAGAGUUGAUGUGAA